AUGGCUCAACCGUUGUUGCCCCCAGGGCACCGCUACCGCAUCUGGUCACCCGUGGCCGACCUCCUCAGUGAUGAAGGGUACCGGACCCUCCGACCCGGCUCAUCCAAGUUUACCCUUUUACCUGGACAAGUCCAGAACUGGCCCGACUUUGCCAAAGAGGUCAAAGCUCUUCUCGCGCCAUACUGCGGCAACUCCGAGUCCUUCGUCCCCGUGGUGCCCCGAGAGGUCUUUGAAGUGGCGAACGAGUUAAGGGUGCAGGGCCGCCUCGUCCAAAACGCCCUGCACCCGGUGGGUGAGGUAGCCGACCUGCUCAAGCUUGGGGUCCGCUUUGGGGACUCCCAGUACGGAGUGAACAGGCUCCUCGUAGAAGCCAAGAAGCAGGUGAAGAGAGAAGUCAAAGCGGAUAUGAAGCGAAAGAUAGGACAGCAGCAGCAGGCGGGGGACAAGCUUGUUCCCGACGUGGUGAUCGCAGACACCACGACCCAUGCUAUCCGCGGCGUAGGCGAGGUCAAGACAUUUUGGAGAUUUGAGCCGCGGAAGAAACAGACCUGGGAAGAGUUCAUAGCCGAAAAGCUCGGCCAGCUUGCCAGAUACAUGGAUGACAACUACGCCCGGUUUGGAUUCCUUACCAUCUACCAAAGGACGUGGUUUGUCAAACGUGUCGGCGACAACGCGUUCGCCAUGUCGCCCCCGAUCAGCUCGAAAGCCGGCUCGUCAGCCACCGAAGUCUCCUUGCGAGAGUGCUUUUUGGCAUUCGCUCUUAGGGCUGCGGAUGCCACUGGAAGCAAGUAUCACCGAAGAUACGGCCUUGUCCUGCCUUGA